UAAAUGGCUAGCACAUUAAUAAUAAUAGUACGUUAUUUUUGCGCGCGUUUCUCACUGGACGCUUUCACGUCAGGUGGUGCUGUCCAAGUCAUGAAGAGGUGAAUCCCCCAGUCUACAGUUUUGGGACCUACAUGAGCACCGGCGUUCGAGCGAUUAACCGAGUCAGCGUAGGCUCUCCGUGGCGUUUUGAGUGUCAGCAACUAAACUGACAUCUUCUUAUCAUGCCUGGCCAGAAAUGAAUCCUGAUUCAGCGCUCGGCUCACACAGAAUCGCGCGCGGAGAGAACUUUGCUUUGGAACUCCUGUGCGGUGGAAAAGGCACGCGCAACGGCAGCGCGCGAAGGAUCAACAACUUUCCUCAGCAACGCUAGCGUCCUUCCUAUGUCGCUUCAAACCCUUCCAUGUCACCAGUUAUUGUUGCUUUAAUUGGACGAGAAUGUUUCAGAGACCGUGUCUGCUCAAACUCGGGGAAAACAUCGUUGGUAAGCCUUGAGAAGCGGAUAUUAAAUGACUUUUAUGCGCCUCAGACUCGCGUCCUCGUCAGGUGGACUGUGAAGAGACAGAAGAGGAAUGUUUAUCCGAAAUUUAUCGCCGCUUAGUUUGGGUUUUUUGCCGUUUUUGACAAGUUACUGUUUUCUCUCACUGUUUCUUCCGUUAUUUCAGUUUGCGAGAGGGGAGCUCCAGAAAUCAUGCUCCCGAACCACAGUGGCACCGCUGGAAGGGAGCUGCCAGUUGCCAUGCCAGUGUAGGCCCUACCCACCGUUACCCCCUCCACCCCCUCCUCCACCACCCCCAAGGCUUCUGGCUCCAACUGUGGCUCCCUCCACGGUAUCCCCCAUAACACCAUGGAGGAAAGAGAUGGAGAUCUUAGUACUGUGGACAGUAAGCUGUGCAUCUGUGGUCUUCCUCCUCCUGACUGCCAUCAUUUGCUACAAGGCCAUCAAGAGGAAACCCCUUCGAAAAGAAGAGAACGGCACAAGCCGAGGGGAGUAUGCCAUGAGCUCACGCUGUAAACAGCAGGUAGUGGAAACCAAUAACACUGGCGUAUAGUGGCCAUGCUACAGUGAACACUCUGUACCCUACAGCACCACCAUCUCUGUUUGGGUUUAUGAGAUGGACGCAAGGUAUAUUAUGAAUUUAGGAAUGGUAAACCUCAUGGCUGCCCUUCUUGGGACAUAAAAUGAUGUUUAAAGAAAAGACAAAAGUGAAUAUGUAAUGACUGAUGUGUACAGGCAAGUAUAAGCAGGUUUUGAGGAGACGUGGAAAUUCUUAGCGAUGCUGGCAGCUGCACGAGUAUCACAAGACUCAACCUGGGGCCCCCCGGGGCCCCUUUGAGGACAGUAUACAACACCAACAAUUAAAUAAACGCAUGCACUUUCUGUUGAAUGCAAUGAUGUUUUAAAAUUCCUGUCUUCUCUUGUCUUUAACUCUGUCUUUGCAGUGAUUCUCAUUUAACAUUAAGGGUUCUUUCACCUCAUGUAGAUUGUGUGAGUGUUUAAUGGUUAAAUGACUGCAUUGGCCCCAUUGUUUUGAUACAAUCAACAAAAGGGAUCGGAUGAUCCUGUAUUUUGUGCAGCAAAAUAUACAAUGGAGAAUAAGAAGGGUUUUCCUUUAUCACCCAGGAAUUUAUUGCGGUUUGUGUUACUAUGCAAUUGGAAAGGACUGAGUUCUUGAGGUGCAUGUUUAGAAUACAAAAAGCAUUGCUGAUAAUUAGCAGCUUGUAGUAUGAUCAUUAUAUACAUUUGCAUUCAAAUUUGUCUGAUGGUAUAGCCCACAUGUGAAAGAUAUCGAAUUAUAAAUACAGUAAAAAACAACAACAAGCAUGAUGGAUUAGUUUUAGGAACGGAUUGAUGAAUAAUUUCAUGUUAUUAUGGCUGAUAAAUAGCUGAUAUUAAAAUCUGUACUAUUUUGUCAAAAAAUUAAAUGCACCAC